AAGAUGGAAGAGGUCAUUGCGGGGCUGGAGCGGUUCACCUUCACCUUGGAGAAGGACGUAGAGAUGCAAAAGGGCAUUGAACCCCUGCCUUUCCAGGGCAUGGACAAGUCGAGCUCAGCUGUGUGCAACUUCUACGCUAAGGGGCUCUGUGAGAAAGGUGGGCUGUGCCCGUUCCGGCACGACCACGGCGAGAAGACGGUGGUGUGCAAGCACUGGCUCCGCGGGCUGUGCAAGAAGGGCGACCAGUGCCGGUUCCUGCACCAGUACGACCUCUCCAGGAUGCCUGAGUGCUACUUCUUCUCCAAGUUCGGUGAGUGCAGCAACAAGGAAUGCUACUUUCUUCACAUGAAGACAGCUUCCGAGGCCCAGGCCUGUCCUUCGUACGACCAGGGUUUCUGCAAAGAAGGUCCCCUGUGCAAAUACCGCCACGUCAAGAGGGUCAUGUGCACGAACUACUUAGUUGGCUUCUGCCCGCUGGGACCCGAGUGCCAGUACGCACAUGUGAAAAAAUGGGCCACUCUGCCAUCAAAUGCACAGACUGAACAGUCGUCUCCAGAGUCCUCUCCAGUGCACUCUCCGUGGUGCUCGGGUCAACGUUGCUUCCGCCAGCCAAGCUCUUUGGAUAAACAGAUAAAUGUAAGGAUCUGGGAGGCCACUUGAAUCGACUCUUUAUCUCUCCUCUCUACAGAUCAUGCUGUUAAACUGAGAUGUUUGGGAAUUCUAUUGGCUAUUCAUGUUAAUGGGUACCUUGUACUUUUCCACCGAAAGUUUUCAUCUGAAAGUGUUGGGCCUCUUUUUUUAAAAAAUUGUGGGAAAAAUACUGGGCUCUUUUAAUAUCUUUCCAUGUUUUUUUAAACUUUUAACUAUAAACAUAUGUUUUUAUAAAAUAAUACAUUAAAAAAUGAGCAAAAGUCAUCUUGAACUGAAAGAGAAAUGAACUAAGCAUUUGGCACAAGAGGAAGUGCCGACCCAGCGGGAAGUGCCUGUGACAGCUACAAGCUGGUGACUGACAGCUGUAUCCUGUUUCUCCCCUCUUUUGGGGCAGAAAGCUGGUUUUAAUCCUAAAAAAAAGUUCUUAGGUAGGAAAUAAAAAGGCACCCCUGAGAAGAGCCCCAUCUUCCAGGGGCAAACAGAUCUCCAUAACAACCUUAACCGAGCACAGAAGCAAUUAUGUAAAUCUAGUCACAAAGGCCACUGUAACCCAAACCUUUUAAUAGAAAGAACCCCAGCGCCUCAGGCACUAGCUCAUCCACCAGGGCACUCAGACAGAGCCAAGCUGUAACGCUAUAAAAAGCAGUCGGAGGAUCCCUGGGAGGUCCCUGUAACGGGAUGUGACCUGUAAUCGAGGCUAAAAAUAUAGAAAG